UGGAAAAAUCCGACCCCAAACCUGAAAACGCCAACAGAAUAAGGCUCUGUGAUUUAUAUAGAAGCAACACCAAAUCAAAUCAUACAGAAAAGGGUCCUUUCAGAUACCGGAGACAUCAGGUUCUCUCCAUCGGAGGCUUCCCAGAAAUGCAGGCAUGCCUUUCUUUUAUCAUCUCUUUCUCUCUCAUUUCUCUUGCAUUCCAAUUCAACUUGCUCUUCAAUGGUGGCAGGGAUUCAAAGCAGCCAUUUGUUUCCAAUUUCAAAUUCUGUUUAUUUCACUCUGUCUCUUCACCUUCUCCUCCUCUCUCAAGGUUUUCGUGUCUCUUCUCCGUUUUUGUUCAUCGCUACUAAUCUCGUCUCUCUUCCUUCCCUGACAACACCUUCUGCCCCCUUUCAGAUGGGAGAAACUUGCUCCUCCGGCGAUGAAUGCGAUUCCGGUCUGCUUUGUAAUACUUGCCCUGUGAAUGGAAAUACGCGCCCUAGAUGCACUCGCAUCCAGCCUAUUAGUCCGACAUCCAAGGUAAAAGGGCUGCCAUUCAAUCGUUACUCAUGGCUUACGACUCACAAUUCGUUUGCUCGUUACGGUGAGAAAUCUGAGACAGGAUCGUUCCUACUGACGCCCACCAAUCAGGAAGAUACGGUCACCACUCAACUAAAUAAUGGAGUUCGUGGACUAAUGUUGGACAUGUACGACUUUCAAAAUGAUAUUUGGUUGUGUCACUCCUUCGGUGGCCAGUGUCUGAAUGUAACUUCAUUUAAACCGGCAAUCAAAGCAUUGAAAGAAGUUGAACAGUUUAUGGGAGCAAACCCAGAAGAGAUUGUCACAAUCUUCAUAGAAGACUAUGUGAUGUCUCCACAACGCUUGAGAAAGGUGUUCAAUGAUUCUGGACUAGAUAAGUAUUGGUUUCCCGUUUCCAGAAUGCCUCUAAAGGGUGGGGAUUGGCCAACCGUCGAUGAUAUGGUGAAGCAAAACCAGAGACUGCUAGUUUUCUCCUCUAUGCAAUCGAAAGAGGCCUCAGAUGGCAUCGCUUACCAGUGGCGCUAUGUCCUGGAAAGCCAAUAUGGAAAUGAAGGAAUGAAGCCUGGAUCUUGUCUGAACAGACCAGAGUCGCCUUCCAUGGAUACAGCAACCAUAUCCUUGAUCCUCAUCAACUAUUUUUAUACUAAUCCCAACAAAACGGCUGUUUGUUACGAUAACUCUGCCCCAUUAAUUAGCAUGAUGAAUACUUGCCAUCAAGCAGCCGGCAAACGGUGGCCAAAUUUCAUUGCCGUUGAUUUCUAUCAGAGGAGCGAUGGUGGAGGUGCACCAGAAGCUGUGGAUGUAGCCAAUGGCCAUCUCACUUGCGGGUGUAAUAAUAUUGCCUAUUGCAAGGGAAAUACAACAGGCGUAUGUGAUAACCCACCGGUUUCUCCCCCUCCACCGGCCGCCUUGGAAAGUCCAGUUGAUGCGGGAGACUCCGAUGGCGCACACUCUAAUGGCAGACCAGUCGAGAUCAGUUGGUUGCUUGGAACAAUUUUGACCGUGACACUGUUCUUACGCUUCAAUUAGUGGGUCAUUAUUCUGAUAGGCUCCCUUCCCUCCGAUGAUAUUGACAACCAGUUUAUUGGUUCCAUUCUUUUUACUACGUAUGCAAAUUAUAAUCUUCAAAUCAAAUACUUUUGAGAAA